CGCCACACCAGCAGCAGCUGCACAGCACCAACCAGAGCAGAAAAGCGUUCUCCUGCUCACAGACAUGGCCGCGCCGCGCACGACGCUGCUGGCCUUGUGCUGCCUCCUGGCGUCGUCCGCUGAAGUCUUCGGGUACGGCAGCAGACGCCUCGUACGCAGAGAUGCGCCACUGACGAGCUACGGAGCACCUUCCCGGCCGUCUUCCAUGUACGGAGCUCCUUCUGCAGGUGGAGGCGGGAAACCGUCGAGCAGCUAUGGAGCACCCGCCGGGCCUUCCCGGCCAUCCAGCAUGUACGGUGCACCAUCAUUUGGAGGAGGAGGAGGAGGCUUUGGCAACGGUGGUGGACGCGGGAAAAGCCACGGGGGAUUCGGCGGUGGAGGCGGAGGCGGAGGUGGAGGCGGAAAGUCUCGCCCGUCGAGCAGCUACGGUGCUCCGUCUUCUGGCGCUUCAGCUCCCUCAUCUAGCUAUGGUGCACCCUCGUCAGGUGGUGGCUCUUUCGGGGGCGGAUCCUUUGGUGGUGGCGGUGGAUCAUUCGGUGGUGGUAGCGGCGGCGGAUUUGCUUCUGCGCCAUCGUCUAGCUACGGAGCACCGUCAUCGGGAGGUGGAUCAUUUGGCGGAGGUGGAGGAGGAGGAAGCCUAUCAUCCAGCUAUGGAGCACCCUCAGCUGGUGGCGGAUCUUUUGGAGGUGGAUCUUUCGGAGGUGGAUCUUUCGGAGGCGGUGGAGGAGGAGGCAGCCUAUCAUCCAGCUAUGGAGCACCCUCAGCUGGUGGCGGAUCAUUCGGCGGCGGUGGAUCAUUUGGCGGCGGUGGUGGAUCGUUUGGCGGAGGUGGUGGAUCAUUUGGCGGUGGAGGCGCUGGUGGGUACAGUGGUGGUGGAGGAGGGUACAGCGGAGGUAAUGGAGGUGGCGGCGGGUACAGCAGCGGUGGUGGUGGAGGACACGGAGGUGGAGGCGGAGGAUACAGCAACGGAGGAGGUGGAGGAUACAGCAGUGGUGGCGGUGGAGGAUAUAGCAAUGGUGGUGGCGGAGGAUACAGUGGAGGUGGCGGCGGAGGUUACAGCGGAGGCGGCGGUGGAGGCGGACAUGGUGGAGGAAGUGGAGGUGGAGGCCAGGCGUAUGCCAGCAAUGGAGGAUAUGUCUACUAGAAUCCAGUCUCAACUGGUAGCCGCCUCUUUGCCAUUCCGAUUGCGCUUCUUUGAAGAGUGUUCAGCCUCCAUCUUUGCCAUAAUAGGAAGCUGCCUUAUUAUCAUGAGCGUUGAGGAAUGAUUGUUGAUCUAAUCGCCAUGUCUUAAGCAAUGCGUUUCCUGACAAUAUGCAUGGUACCUUUAUGCUCCCCAUUACAUAUGAGAAUUCGGCUAUGUUUCCUUUAAAAAAGCUUACCCUUUACUCCUCGUAAUUUCUGCGAAGGUACCAUUUUUAUAUUCAGCUGGGCCAAAAACGAAACAGCUGGAAUUUUGCUUAUUUUUUUCUCUCUAAUAAUAAAAUAUCAUUUUAUUACAGUCUUCUACCAUUCUGCACGGAAGUGAGACAAGUACAAAGGAGGGAGACUGGUAACUGUUUAAGUGUUAUUUAUAUAUCUCCAAAGAUUUUUCACAGUGUAAUGUUCUGAAGACAACAGAAGCUUAGCUUCGUGUCUGUAGCAAUCCAAACCGAUGUUUUCUCAGUUGAAAUUGUCUUGCGUAGGCUCCAAUACGAGACGUAGUUCUGAAAACAGAAUAGCGUACUGUUCACCAGCCAGCUCUCUGGACUGCUUCAGUCUCAUGACUUUGAGCAUUUGUAGUCCGAAGCACGAAUAAGUUAUUGGAAGUAUGGCGCUAAAUAAUCGGUUGUUACCUUAGAGAAACGACAGCAAGUCAUUACAGCCUGAGGUAGUGCUACGUGUUUUCUCUUUAAAAAAUAGAA